AUGUCUUGGCAAGCUUACGUCGAUUCCUCCCUCCUCGGCACCGGAAAGUUGGACCAUGCCGCCAUCUACUCCAGAGCAGGAGACUCUGCAUGGGCCCAGUCUGCAGGCUUUCAGCUUUCGGCUGCUGAAGCCCAGUUCAUUGCUAAGGGCUUCGACGACACCCCUGCCGUACAAGGUAGUGGAGUGAAGCUUGGAGGAAGCAAGUACAUUACUCUGCAAGCCAACGACCGGAGUAUCUAUUGCCCACGAGCGACGAUGCUGACGAAUCUAUGCGUUCAGGGUCAGGAGGGCCUUGUCUGUGUCAGAACCAAGCAGGCAAUCCUUAUCGCGCACUACCCAGACACCACCCAGCCAGGCGAGGCUACAAAGAUCGUGGAACAGGUUUCCCUGCCGAAUUCCAAAUUACCAGACAAAAAUAUGGAAAAAGGCGGUAACCCUGGUGCGGUCAUGUCUUCGCUCGAAGCAUUCCUCUCAUCGCUCGAGCGCAUGAGAACGACUUUGGCCGAAGCUCGAGAACAGCAAUCUACAACGGAGACGUAUGGUCGUGGGAUAUAUUUCGAUGAUUCCGCGUCUUCUGAUGAAUUCAACGACGAUGAGGCUUUUGAUGUUGCCACGGACAAGGAAGACGACUCCUGGACUGAUCAAGAAGACGACCACCACCGGACCAACGAGAAUUCAUAUGAUCUGUUCCAUCUUAUGCAGCAAUGUACUAAGUACGUGUCGGAGCGUGGGUCUUCAUUGGACCCUUCUGAACUUUGUGACAAUUUGACCAUGCUCAUUACAUCGGAUACCGAGACUGAGGAGCUCCAAAGUGCCUUGGUAGAUGUCCUUGGCUACGAGGAUCUUGACUGGAUUUCAGAAAUUGUUCUACAUAAAGCAGAGUUUGCUGCUUCCUUGGGAAACUCGGACAACUCACAUACUCCUGCGUCCAGAAAGAAGCGUAAUAAGUCUCAAAAAGAGGCAGGCGCUUCUGAUGGGGAUCUGUACGAUCGUCUCCUUUCAAAGCAAGACAUCGCUCGCCAACUUGAUGAAAAUAGUCGUCGGCCGCUCACGAGUGGUACGAGACUAAUCGGCGCUGCUGAACAAUACCCUCACAUUUAUCAGACCCAUGCUGCGGGUAACACUCUCAAUGCUUAUGGUUCGAAGUACGCUCUUCCCUCGGGUUCGACGCGUGAAGAGUUCAAGGAAUAUGAGGAAAUUACAGUACCAGCUUCCAGAAGUACGAAGAGAUUCCCUGGGGAGAAGCCUGUUCUGAUCUCUGAGCUGGACAACCUCUGCCAGCCUACGUUUCCCGGUUACACCUCGCUCAACCGAAUGCAGUCUUUCGUGUAUCCUGUGGCUUACAAGACCAAUGAAAACAUGCUGAUCUGUGCGCCUACCGGUGCGGGUAAAACGGAUGUUGCAAUGCUCACGGUUUUGCAGACUAUCGCACACCACAGUUCGCCAUCCCCCCUUGAAGCGCCGAGAGCCGAGCGGUAUGAUAUUGCUCGAGAUGAUUUCAAAAUUGUUUACGUCGCCCCUAUGAAGGCCUUGGCAGCCGAAAUCGUACAGAAGCUCGGCAAGAGGUUGGCGUGGCUAGGUAUUGAGGUUCGCGAAUUGACUGGGGACAUGCAGUUGACAAAAGCUGAGAUUCAAAGAACUCAAAUCAUUGUAACGACACCUGAGAAGUGGGAUGUUGUUACCCGAAAGAGCACAGGUGACACUGGUCUGGCGCAAAAGGUUAGGCUGUUGAUUAUCGACGAAGUUCACUUGCUUCAUGAUGAUCGUGGAGGUGUUAUCGAAACAAUCGUGGCCAGGACGCAAAGACAGGUCGAAGCCAGUCAGUCCAUGAUUCGAAUAGUCGGUUUAUCUGCAACACUUCCGAACUAUGUUGAUGUAGCAGAAUUCUUGAAAGUCAAUCCUUACCAAGGACUCUUCUACUUCGAUCAAUCUUUCAGACCGGUUCCGCUCGAGCAGCAUUUCCUUGGUGUCAAAGGCAAAGCUGGCUCUCGGCUGUCCCAAGGCCACAUCGAGCGUGCGACUUAUGAGAAGGUCAUUGAACUCGUCCAGCAGGACAAGCAAGUUAUGGUUUUUGUUCACGCCAGGAAAGAGACUGUCAAAACUGGACAAAUGCUGAGGGAAAUGGCCAUGGCAGAUGGCUAUACUGACCUUUUCGACAUCUCACAACAUCCACGAUACGAUUUAGCUCGUCGGGACAUCUCAAAGUCUAAAAAUCGCGAGAUGAAGGAGCUGUUCGGCUAUGGUAUUGGCAUUCAUCAUGCGGGUAUGUUGCGUUCCGAUCGCAACAUCUCUGAACGGCUUUUUGGCGAGGGCAUGAUCAAGGUUCUCUGCUGUACAGCUACUCUCGCGUGGGGUGUGAAUUUGCCGGCCGCCGCGGUUGUCAUCAAGGGCACGCAAUUGUAUGACCCGAAGAAAGGAGGCUUUACGGAUCUUGGAAUCUUGGAUGUCCUUCAGAUCUUUGGUCGCGCCGGUCGCCCUCAGUUCGAGCAAGAGGGCAAAGGUUAUAUCGUGACCAGUCAAGAUAAACUCUCUCACUACGUCUCGGCAAUCACUCAACAGCAUCCGAUUGAAUCACGUUUGACGGAAAAGCUUGUCGAUAACCUCAAUGCGGAGAUUUCUUUGGGCACAGUCACCAACAUUGAUGAAGCCGUUUCUUGGCUGAGUUACACGUACUUAUACGUGCGUAUGAAGAAAAAUCCCCUUGUAUACGGCAUGUCACGCGAAGAAGUGGCAGAUGAUCCGCUGCUUGGAUCUAAACGGCGCGAGUUGAUCAUAUGGGCUGCUCGCAAGCUUCACAAAACGCAAAUGAUCAUAUUUGAUGAACAUACAGGGAUACUUAUUCCAAAGGAUCUGGGACGAGUCGCCAGUAACUACUAUAUCCUGCAUACGAGCAUCGAGACAUUUAAUCAGCUUAUGAAGCCUAACAUGACUGAGGCUGAUGUUUUGGCAAUGUUAAGUAUGAGUGAUGAAUUUGCUCAAAUGAAAUCAAGGGACACCGAAAGCAAGGAACUUACGCAGCUGGUAGAGUCGGCUGCACCAUGCGAUGUUAAAGGCACACCAGACACAACGUACGGAAAGGCGAACAUCCUUUUGCAAUCUUAUAUAUCUCGAGCGAAUGUGGAAGAUUUCGCCUUAGUCAGUGACACCAAUUACGUCUCACAAAACGCUGGCAGAAUCGCUCGGGCUCUUUUUGAGAUUGCUUUGAACAGGCGUUGGGGCCCUGCAGCAGAUGUUCUGCUCUCCGUUUGCAAGAGUAUCGAAAAACGCACGUGGUCCUUUCAACAUCCGCUUUCCCAGUUCAACCUGCCGGCGGCCCUUGUACAUAAACUUGAGGCGAGGAGUGCGGCCAGCGCGAUUGAAGAGAUGAAGUUGAUGGAUGCUGACGAACUAGGAGACCUUGUUCAUCACAAUCGUAUGGGUAAAACCAUUGCCAACUACCUGAACAGGCUGCCUAUGGUGACGUUGGAUGUGCAAAUAGCACCCUUGACUCGCAAUGUCCUACGUGUCCAUUUAGAGAUUACGCCGGAUUUCAGAUGGGACAACCAAACGCACGGCUCUGUCGAACCGUUCUGGUUGUGGGUUGAAGAAUCUGACAGCACUGAGAUCCUGUAUUCAGAUUACCUCCUCCUUUCAAAGAGGAAAAUUCAUGAAGCGCAUAAACUUGAUUUCACCAUUCCUAUCUCGGACCCGCUGCCCUCGCAAAUAUAUGUGAGAGCCGUAUCAGACAGGUGGCUUGGGGCUGAGUCUGUGGUGCCGGUUUCGUUUCAGCAUCUAAUUUUACCAGAGAUGAACCCUCCGCAGACUGACUUGCUCGAUCUUCAACCACUUCCAAUCACGGCGUUGCAUGACGAUGCUUUGGAAUCGAUCUGUGCGAAGAGAUUCACGCAUUUCAAUCCUGUGCAGACACAAAUUUUUCAUACACUAUAUAACACUGACAACAAUGUUUUCGUUGGUGCUCCUACGGGAUCUGGAAAGACAAUCGCUGCCGAAUUGUCCAUGUGGCGUGCCUUCAGAGAGCGUCCCAAUUCAAAGGUUGUCUACAUCGCCCCCAUGAAGGCUCUCGUUCGUGAACGUGUUAAGGAUUGGUCUACGAGAUUGAUGAAGCCCAUGAACCGAAAGUUAGUUGAACUUACUGGUGAUAAUACUCCCGACAUUCGCACUAUGCGAAACGCUGAUGUCAUCAUCACCACACCGGAGAAGUGGGAUGGAAUCAGUCGAAGCUGGCAGAGUCGUGAUUAUGUUAAACAGGUUUCGUUGGUCAUCAUUGAUGAAAUCCACCUCCUUGGAAGCGAUCGUGGUCCCAUUCUGGAGAUCAUCGUGUCUCGUAUGAAAUACAUUGCAGCACAAAGAGAUUUGUCGGUGCGUGUUGUUGGUCUCUCAACGGCAGUUGCAAACGCGCAAGACCUUGCGGAUUGGCUAGGUAUCCGAGGGGAGGGGUUGUUCAACUUUCGUCAUAGUGUUCGUCCAGUGCCUCUGGAAAUCUACAUCGACGGAUUUCCUGGACGGAAUUAUUGCCCAAGAAUGGCUUCAAUGAACAAACCCACUUUUAACGCGAUCAAAACGCAUUCGCCUACACAGCCUGUCAUUGUCUUCGUUUCGUCGCGAAGACAAACUCGCUUGACCGCUCAGGAUUUAAUCGCGUUUUGCGGGUCCGAAGAUAAUCCCAGGCGUUUCCUCCAUAUGCCUGACGACGAAAUGGACCCCUUGCUCCAGAACGUGCAAGACUCGAGUCUAAAAUUGUCUUUGAGCUUCGGUAUCGGCCUGCAUCACGCCGGUUUACCAGAGAAGGAUCGUCGUCUGGUCGAGGAACUUUUCGUCAAUAACAAGAUCCAAGUACUUGUUGCAACUAGCACCCUUGCUUGGGGUGUAAAUUUUCCUGCACAUCUGGUGAUCGUUAAGGGAACCGAAUACUAUGAUUCGAAGAUAGAGGGGUACAAGGAUAUGGACCUGACUGAUGUGUUGCAAAUGCUUGGGCGUGCUGGACGCCCUCAGUUCGAUACUUCCGGAGUGGCUCGCAUCUUUGUGCAGGACACAAAGAAGUCGUUCUACAAGCACUUCCUCCACAGUGGGUUCCCCGUGGAGUCUUCAUUGCACAAAGUCCUGGAUGACCAUCUUGGUGCGGAAAUAGCAAGUGGCACCAUUGCAUCUGCACAGGAUGCAUUGGAUUAUCUGACCUGGACCUACCUUUUCCGACGCGUGCAUCAGAAUCCAACGUAUUACGGCGUGGAAGAUGUAAGCGAGGAGGGGGUUUCCCGCUUCUUGACAGAGCGCAUAGAGGAUUCCUUGCAGGCAUUGGAGACGUCUGGCUGCAUUAACCGGGAACCCGAUGGUUCAAUCACAAGUACGUCGCUGGGUAAAAUCCAGUCCUGGUAUUACAUUAGCCACAAAACUGUGCGUCAUAUCGUAUCACAAGUGACAGAGAAUGCUUCGUUUGAGGACUGCCUAAAGCUACUUUGCGGUGCCACUGAAUACGAUGAGCUUCCAGUACGUCACAACGAAGAUUUGGUCAACAAGGAGCUGUCUCAAAAUCUACCGUUCAAAGCAGAAAAGAUGAACCUGCCUAUGUGGGAUCCUCACGUCAAAGCAUUCUUGCUACUACAGGCACAUAUGUCACGGGUGGAUCUCCCCAUCACAGACUACCUAACAGAUACUAUAUCCGUCCUUGAUCAAUCCAUUCGCGUGAUACAGGCCUGUAUCGACAUUGUGGCCGAGUUAGGCUGUUUAUCCACAACUUUGAUGUUCACGAAGGUUUUGCAAAGCAUCAAGCAAGCAAGGUGGCCGGAAGAUGGUGCCUUUGCCUUCCUUCCGGGGAUGCGUCCGGAUUGCGAUACCGACUUCACAAGACUAACGCCAGCAGUACGUUCCCUGAAGGAACUCGCGGAUUUGCCAGUAUCGAAGCUUCAGAAAAUUGCUCAGUCUUUAAGGCUACCAAGGAACACACAACUCGACUUCGUCAAAGUAUCGUCAUCGUUGCCAAUACUAAGUGUACAAGUCGGAGCGGAGUUAGACACCCUUCGCAUUACUUUGACUCGGCAAACACCGCUCUACCAUCCGAAGCAGCAAGCCUACACCCCUAAGUUUCCUAAAAUUCAAACCGAGGGAGUUUUUAUCAUCUGCGGUGAUCCGAAUCGCGAUGAGCUAUACUCCUUGAAAAGAGUUAGCAUGCUGUCGAAGGAGAAAGGUCCAUCACGCAUGACGCAAGCAAAGUUGAGCAUACCUGCGGAGUGUAGGGGCCUCCAUUCAACCGUUUAUGUGAUAUCGGAUGCAUAUCCAGGUGUUGAUUCGGAGCCAGCGAUCAAAACGAUUGAGGUAGUCGGUGAUGACAUGAAGAAGGACGCUAUGAGAAGGUUGAUGUAG